GCAAAAUGGGAUCCAAGGCAUUAAAGCAGAUCUAUCUCGGUUCUACAAUCUGCCAUCCAAUGAAAUAGAGCCAGCAUUUUUCUUCUAAAAGCUGCUUUCCAUUUCAAUCCAGAACAAAUUCUUUUGAAUUUCAUUGUAACUUAUUUGAAGUCGGAUAUCUUUUAACUGCGGGAUACCAUUGUGAACAAUGCCGUCUCCUUUGGAAGCUUGGUUUUCUGAAAUUCCGCCUAUUACAAGAAUAUAUGUCGGUGCUGCUUGCUGUACAAGUAUAGCUGUCCAUCUAGGCUUCAUUCACCCGUUGCAGUUAUGGCUGAAUUUUGAACGUAUCGGCAGUGAUUUUCAAUGGUGGCGAUUGAUAACGAACUUUUUUUACUUUGGUCCAUUAUCCAUAGACUUUCUAUUCCAUAUAUUCUUUCUGUAAGCAUAACACGCCUUGAAGAAUGAUGCUUGUA